CCUUGUAAACGAAUAAUUAUUUUAUUUGAAUAUUAGCUUAUAUUUUGCAACAAGGUACAUAUUGACUGCUAUUCACUGCUAGCGGGGAAAUACAACCAGUCAAGGGAAAGAAAAAAACUAAAUUGAAAAAAAAAAAUACGUAGAGAAGAGAGCAGAGGAGCGAACCAAACAAACAGGAGAUACGAUCGAUUUGAAUCAAAUCAAGUAAUACAAGGAAAUACAAGAGCUAGCAAGAUGUCCGAGGGGGCUGAUGGAAACGUAAAGGGGGAGCCCACGAACUUCAAACUCAUCAGAACAAACACGGGCGCUGUGAGAGUAUCACAAGCGUGUGAUCGUUGUAGAAUCAAAAAGAUCAAAUGUGAUGGGUUGACUCCAUGCCACAAUUGUUCCAAGAUCAGUUUCGAGUGUAAGACUAGUGAUAAACUUACCAGAAGAGCAUUUCCAAAAGGGUACACCGAGAACUUGGAGAUAAAGUUGAAAGAAUUGGAGGAUGAGAAUAAUUUAUUAAAAGAGAAAUAUGGGUUGAAAGCUGUUGAUGGGAAUAGCAAGAAGAAGAGUACUAGCGAUAAUAUGGAUAACAAAUCGAAUCAUGGCUCUAUGAAUGAUGAUAUUGAUACAAGUGCCAUAAAUACACAACCCAGUACGGGGAUGCAUACUCCUUCUCGAGGUCAUCACUCAGACAAUAGAGUCACGUUGAAUAACAACUCCACGCAUACUACCGUGCAAAUUAAUAACCCAAUUGAUCAAAUAUUUAAUCUUGACGGUAAGGGAAUCAUUAUUGGGAAUGAUAAUCUUAAUUUUGAGUCCCAAUUCAAUCAUUUGUUGAUUAAUCUUAAUCUUCCGUUCUUGAAGAUUACAAAUUCUCACAAUUUCUUAUUGAAUGAUCCCAACUCCUAUUUGUAUCAUCCAUCGUACACCAUGUACAAUCAGUUCCAUAAUCGGGAUUUGGAUGUUAUUUAUAAUCCAUUGACAGCAAACAACAGUCAGCAUGAUGAUCUACUUGGAGAAAUGGUGACUCUCACCAAUAAUCAACUCCCGAUUGAUAUUUAUGAUUUAUUUAUUAAAUUGAUCAACAAUUUUAAAAAGAUUUUCAGUCUGAAAAAGGAGUUGGAUAGUUAUAUUGUUCAAUUUUUCUUGAAUUAUAACAUAUUCAUCCCUAUUUUGGAUUAUAAACAGUUCAUGGAACUGUAUGAUGCAUUCCAUACCAUGUACCCCUUUAUGUUUACAUACGAUGAUGCGACAAUCAAUGGGUUCAACAUUCUGAACAACGAUUAUCAUGUGGUGAAUGAAUAUCUCAUGGUGGUUGUGCAAAUUUAUGCUAUGAUAAUGAUGAAUGAUCCUACAAUCAAUUUAAACUUACUAUUGAAUCAUGCAGAACCAGGGUAUUUGUUGAACAAGAAGUCGACUUCGGUAAUUAGAUCAUUGUAUGAUUUUUUACCAUAUUUCAAUGUCUUCCAUGUUUCAGUUACUCAAAUGCAAACUUAUUUAUUAUUUCUUUAUUAUUCAUUAAUUACGAAUAAUAAGGAGAAAUCAUUGGUAUUAUCAUCGAUGAUUAAUUCAUUUAUUGGGAUCUUGGGGAUUAAUUUGAAUUCUAAAAAUUUAUUUUUCAAUGAUUUAACCUUAACAUUAUCCCAAAAGAGAACAAGAGUCAAGAUUUUCUGGGUAUUCAAAGUUUUAUUGAAGGUUUUUAAUUUGAAAUUUGGUUUCAAACCAAGUAUUAAUACCACAGUUAUUAACCCAGUAACCAUUGAAAGAUAUUUUGAAUUAACCCCUGCCAAACUCAGUCUGUUAUUAGACGAAGCAGAAAAUGACGAAUUAUUUAAAGUAUUACUCAAGCCAAGUAUUGAAUUUUUAAAUUUAGUGAAUAUCAUUAUUCCUUCUUCAUUUUCACCAAAUUAUUAUCAAUAUUUAAAGGGUGAUUCUUCUUCGAACAAUCCUCAAGAACAACAGAAGAAUAGAAAAAAUCACCCCAAACAAUUAGAUUGGAUUUUAAAUGAUGAUGAUGGAGAUGGUAAUGAUGGAAAUUUGAAUUAUAAUUUUACUCAAUUUGCAACCAUUGACCGUAACUUGACUACUUGGAGAGCUUCAUUAAAGGAUAAGGAAAUUAAUUUAAUACCAUUCCAAUUACAAAUGAAUCUACCAGUUCUUUCAAGUAUAAAAACAAAUAAUUUAUUCCAUUCCAUCAACAAUUAUGACAUACCAAAUGAAAUAACUCCACAAGCAUUUGAAAGUUAUUCCAAUACAGGUUUGCCUGAUAUUUAUACAGCAUCACAAUUGAUUAAAAUUCAAUUAAAUUUCCAUUAUUUAUUGAUUCGUUCAAUGAACUAUUUGAAUUUUGUUAUUGAUAAAGAAUUGACUAAUAAUUUUUAUUUGAAGAUUUCUGACAUAUCAAGAGAAGUUUUGGCAUAUUUCUUGUUGGUUUUCAGCCAUGUUGGAGACUCUAGGGAAAGCUGGGAAUCGACAAAGGCUAAAAGCAAGAGCUCAGCUCCUCAUAAUGCAGUCAUGGAAAGUUUGGGACUUGAUGUGGAUGAAGAUGGGUUUGUCAUUAAUGAUUUCCUGGUGAAAAGAAGGAAGAUUGCCCCAGUAAAUUAUCCAUCACAACAAAAGAAAUUAAUUCAUGAACUUCCUAGAUCUCCAUUCAAUCAUAUUUUAAAUGGGUUAUCAAUGACUAUCAUCAAUUUCAAGAAAUCAAUCAUAUUACAAAUGUUAUAUUUAUUGAUUUGUUCAUUAAAAGUGUUUAAAAAGGGAGGUCAGUUAUCUAAGGAUACAAAGGAUAUCUUGAAUGAUAGUGUUGACCUUUUUAUCAGAGUAUAUAUCAAUUAUAAUUCAAACAUAAGACAAUAUAGUUUGAUGAACAAUAAUGGGAGCAUUGGAAAUGGUGUUAGUGCUGCCGGUCAAAUAAAGCAAUCUGAAAGAGUUCAAAAAGAAAACAAGUUAUUCAAUAAAUUGAUAAAUGACGAAUUAAAAGAAGAAAUAUUGAAAGAACCUAGAAGAAGUGGAGGUGGCGAUAGUGAUAGUGAUGAAAGUGAUGAAGAAAUUGAUGAAGAUUCUGAAAUUUCUCAAAUUGAUUGGGAUGAUGAAGAUAUGGAUGAAGAUUUAAAAUAUUUGAAGAUAUUGAAAUUUGUCAAAUAUAAAAUCAAUAAUAUGUAUUCAAUCUCCCAAUUUCAACAAAGAUCGAAAACACAAACUCAACAUGAACAAAAGCAAAAACAAAAGCAAACACUGAACAAAGAGAAUGUUGAAAUUGGAGGUAGUAGAAAUUCUGAAUCUCAAGGAAUCUCAAGUAUACUGUCCGAUAAUUCAAUAUCUUCGAGUAGAAUGUUCCAUCCUCCUCUUCCAUUGACUACAAUGGGGCAAGGAUUUAGUGGACCAUCGCCAACGUACACUGGGGGACUUUCAAAGAUGCCUUCACUAACUAAGUUUGAUUUUUUACUUGGAGAGGACCAUUUCCCAGUCGAAAGUGCUGGUUCCGCACAACUGACUCCACAUACAUUUCCUCCAAUCAAUAAACUAAAAGAAUAUAAUAGUGGGGUUAAUAGAUUAGAGGAUCUUGAGUUGAUCAAAAAGGAAAGAUUAGCUAUAAAUGAUUUAAUGAAUUUAAAGAAUCAACACCCAGCCAAGGGAGCAGGAUCUCCUCCUGUGGCAUUUAAUGGGAGUUGGAGCUAUGACGAAGAUAGGAAGACAUGAUUAUGAACCAUAAAUGAAAUUAUAAAUGAACCAUCAUUAGAUAUAUGUAC